GUCUUCUUCCGCACAUUGCUCGCUUCACGAUCUUUCACAGGAUAGCUGACCAGAUAAUUCCGACACACUUCUGCGUCUCGCAGCCUGCAAUGAGUUCCUCAGAGAUACACGAUCCCAGUUCAUCAUCGAUUCAAGCACAGAACGGUCACGAUGCUGCCUCAACAGUCCACCGGCUCGCGCCCAACCAGGAGCGUAAGCUCGUAGACUACCUCGAAGAUCACCUUCUUGACAUAACGCGCAACUACAAGAAACGCUCGCAUCCAUCCUCCACCCUGCCUACGCUCGCCUCCUACCUCACUGCUGUGCAUCCCCUCCUCGCACUCAUCCUCCAAAUUCCUCCUGCAGAGCCAUCCGCGUCUCUACGCACCUCCCUCCUCCUCCGGCUGACUGGCGAGGUUCUGGGCUCCAUCAUUGGCUACCGACCCGACGUCGACACACUCCCUCAGCUCCUCCAAUGGCUAGACGAGCUCGACAAGGGAUGGCUCGCCGUUCUGCGCUGCCAAGCAUGGGAUCCCGCCGCACACACCGGUGUCGACGUCGACACUUCCUCCGAUCAGACCGCACACGACGGCACGGACACCGCCGGGCGAGUGAGCGGGAUGCCGUCCGUUAGCCAGACAGACCGGACGCGCCUCCGGAGCAUCCUCAUCGGGGGCACGAACAACAUGGAAGAGUGGCUGGCCGACAUCGACGCGGCGGACCAGAACUUCCAGGCUGCACUGGAGACGAUGGGGCUGCAGAUGGGCUUCAACGACCUCUUCGCGCGGACGCUCGGCGAGAUGGGCUCGCUGGACGGGUCGAUGCCUAUAGACCCUCAGAGGAUGGCGGAGACUUGUUAGCCCUAGGUGCGAUAUCUAGUAAUCUUGGAGAUGCGUUGGUCCAUGGGCUAUAUGCAGCCGUGAAUGCUCCCUCCCAGCGGUACUCUAACAUCGGGCUUUGGGUUGAGCAAGGACACUUAACAAUCGGCGGGCUGCACACGGGUUCAACGCCACGGACAUGCAUCACACAUCGACAUCGUCCGAUGAAGAAGCGGCAUCCGCGAUGUGGUGAAUGUGGUUCUCUCGAGA